UGUUGCUACAGUGAUACUAGGCGUGUAUCCAAACUGGUAGUGCAUAACGCAAAAAUCUCAGCUAAGCACAAACAGGAGGAAACUACAUAUCCAAGAUCGAAUCCAAGUGUUAAGAAGUUCUAACUUCCAGUUGUCAGCUUCGAUGAACCUGUGCUCAAGAGGUAUUGAGAAAGAAGGAUGAUUAGCAGCAACAGACCCUUCAUAUGGAUUAAGUUUGGAGAUAAUAAAAAAGCCUUAGUCAAUAUGUGGUGCUCCUUCGAAAUAUUACUAAACCACAUCAUUAAUGUAUGCGAAAUAGAUCCUGAAAUAAACUUCGACUUAUGUGACACUUCAGGGAAACUACUGGGGUUAACUGAUGCACAAACCUACCAGCAAUCUCUUCAAAGUAUUGAAGGUGGUGCUGUUUAUAUUCUUGUUGCUAUCGAAGAUAAGUCAGACCAACAAUUGAAUAUACGUCCAUUACUUGAAAACAUAGAACAACACUAUCCCAACUUAACAGACCAAAUACUGCAGAACCUUCAUGACAAAACAGACAGGUUUUCGAAAAAGAGGCAUAUAAAGAAGAUGCAACAGCCACCAAAGGUCACAACAAGCAGAAAACAAAAAAAUAAGAAUAUGUGGAGAUAAAUUCUUUUGAAAUGUUUAUUAUUUUCAAAAUAACAUCUAUGAGAAAGAGAUAGAAACAGAUCUAAAACUAUGGAUUCUUGAAUUUCCCCUACACGACUUUAAUUUAUGUAGAAAGGCCUUCAAAUUUGGUUUGAAAAAUGAGUUCUCAACAUCUGCAUUUUAUUUUGAUAGUUAAGCCCAAACUACAUGUAGUACUUUCGCAUCUUCUAAGCUCAUAAUAGUUCACUGUUACAGGAACUUAUA